CGUAGUCAUACACGAAAUUUGCUUACAAUAAGAAAGUAGAAUGACGACGACUCGUUUGGGAGUGGUCAUUCUAGUUCUAUUGGCCGUAAAUGGCUAUUUAAGCGAUGCUGCUAGUUUGAAGGUACCAUGUAAGAAUCCAGAUUCUGUUGAUGAUUUGCUUCGUCCAAUUAAACCGGAAAUAGAGAUUAAUCCAAAUGAACCUGGAUCAGUAGGUGAUCUUCUUCGCCCUAUUAGGCCAGAAAUUGAUAUCAACCCCAACGAACCUGGAUCCGUUGAUGACUUGCUUCGACCAAUUUGGCCAGAAAUCGACAUCAACCCUAAUGAACCAGGAUCUGUUGGUGACUUGCUUCGCCCAAUUCGGCCAGAAAUUGAUAUCAACCCUAACGAACCUGGAUCUGUGGAUGAUUUGCUUCGUCCAAUUCGGCCAGAAAUCGAUAUUAACCCAAAUGAACCAGGAUCCGUCGAUGACCUUCUUCGCCCAAUCAGACCUGAAAUCGACAUCAAUCCCAACGAACCAGGAUCUGUUGAUGAUCUCCUUCGCCCAAUCAGACCUGAAAUCGAUAUCAAUCCUAACGAACCCGGAUCUGUAGAUGAUUUACUUCGUCCAAUUCGUCCAGAAAUCGACAUCAAUCCCAACGAACCAGGAUCCGUUGAUGAUCUCCUCCGCCCAAUCAGACCCGAAAUUGAUAUCAACCCCAAUGAACCCGGAUCUGUAGAUGAUUUACUUCGUCCAAUUCGUCCAGAAAUCGAUAUCAACCCAAAUGAACCAGGAUCCGUAGAUGAUCUUCUUCGCCCAAUCAGACCCGAAAUUGAUAUCAACCCCAACGAACCAGGAUCCGUUGAUGAUCUCCUCCGCCCAAUCAGACCCGAAAUCGACAUCAACCCUAACGAACCAGGAUCUGUUGAUGAUUUGCUUCGUCCAAUUCGUCCAGAAAUCGAUAUCAACCCAAAUGAACCAGGAUCCGUCGAUGACCUUCUUCGCCCAAUCAGACCUGAAAUCGACAUCAAUCCCAACGAACCAGGAUCCGUUGAUGAUCUCCUCCGCCCAAUCAGACCUGAAAUCGAUAUCAAUCCUAACGAACCCGGAUCUGUAGAUGAUUUACUUCGUCCAAUUCGUCCAGAAAUCGAUAUCAACCCAAAUGAACCAGGAUCCGUUGAUGAUCUUCUUCGCCCAAUCAGACCCGAAAUUGAUAUUAAUCCUAACGAACCAGGAUCCGUUGAUGAUCUCCUCCGGCCAAUAAGACCAGAAAUCGACAUCAACCCCAACGAACCAGGAUCCGUUGAUGAUCUCCUUCGCCCAAUCAGACCCGAAAUCGACAUCAACCCUAACGAACCAGGAUCUGUUGAUGAUUUGCUUCGUCCAAUUCGUCCAGAAAUCGAUAUCAACCCAAAUGAACCAGGAUCCGUUGAUGAUCUUCUUCGUCCAAUCAGACCCGAAAUUGAUAUCAAUCCUAACGAACCAGGAUCCGUUGAUGAUCUCCUCCGGCCAAUAAGACCCGAAAUCGACAUCAACCCUAACGAACCAGGAUCUGUUGAUGAUUUGCUUCGUCCAAUUCGUCCAGAAAUCGAUAUCAAUCCAAAUGAACCAGGAUCUGUCGAUGACCUUCUUCGCCCAAUCAGACCUGAAAUCGACAUCAACCCUAACGAACCAGGAUCUGUUGAUGAUCUCCUCCGCCCAAUCAGACCCGAAAUUGAUAUCAACCCCAACGAACCAGGAUCCGUUGAUGAUCUCCUCCGCCCAAUCAGACCCGAAAUCGACAUCAACCCUAACGAACCAGGAUCUGUUGAUGAUUUGCUUCGUCCAAUUCGUCCAGAAAUCGAUAUCAACCCCAAUGAACCUGGAUCAGUUGAUGAUCUUCUCCGCCCAAUCAGACCUGAAGUUGAUAUCAACCCAAAUGAACCAGGAUCUGUAGAUGACUUGCUUCGUCCAAUCAGACCCGAAAUUGACAUCAACCCUAACGAACCAGGAUCCGUCGAUGACCUUCUUCGUCCAAUCAGACCUGAAAUCGACAUCAACCCCAACGAACCAGGAUCCGUCGAUGAUCUCCUCCGCCCAAUCAGACCCGAAAUUGACAUCAACCCCAACGAACCUGGAUCUGUAGAUGAUUUGCUUCGUCCAAUUCGUCCAGAAAUCGAUAUCAACCCCAAUGAACCUGGAUCAGUUGAUGAUCUUCUCCGCCCAAUCAGACCCGAAAUUGAUAUCAACCCCAACGAACCUGGAUCUGUAGAUGACCUCCUCCGCCCAAUCAGACCCGAAAUCGACAUUAAUCCAAAUGAACCAGGAUCAGUCGAUGACCUCCUUCGCCCAAUUCGUCCAGAAAUUGACAUCAAUCCCAACGAACCCGGAUCCGUUAACGAUUUGUUAAGGCCAAUUCGCCCAGAAAUGGAAAUCAACCCAAAUGAACCAGGAUCCGUUCAAGACUUGUUGAGACCAGUUCGUCCUAACAAAGAAAUUACGCAAUCCGAAACGGAAACAAUCAACGACUUAUUACGACCCAUUUAUUAUUAACAAUAUUUGUAUUUUGUAAAACAAUGAAAUUAGAAGUCAAAAAAGUUGUUUCUAGAGAAAAUUAAAAUUAUAUUAAAUAAGAUUAUACUCUCUCAUACGUAUUUUGUCAAACCAAUUAAAAUUAAAAUUCUUUUAGUGAUGGAAAGAUA